GUUAGCCGAGGCGGAAGGAGGAGUCCGGGGCAGUCUGAGGGGGGGCAUCAUGUAGUUUGUUCUAUACGGACUGUAACUGAAAAUAUCUACACCUCUGUGUUCCUUCCCUUCGUGUAUUCAUUGGGAAUCACAAUCGUAACAUCCAACCGACACCAUGUUCACGCGCGGGUCUAAAAAGCGACGUUCGAACCGCUCGCAGGAGGAAGAGGACCCAGACAGAGGGCAGCCCUGUAUGCGCUGUGGGGAUCGGUGCCCCGGCUUCCGUGUCCACGGCUGGAGGAAGAUCUGCGUCCACUGCAAGUGCGUGCGAGAGGAGCACGCCGUGCGCUCGGUGCCGGGCCAGCUGGAGAAGAUGAUGACGAAGCUGGUGUCAGACUUCCAGAGACACUCUAUCUCCGACGACGACUCGGGCUGCGCCUCCGAGGAGUACGCGUGGGUCCCGCCCGGCCUCAAGCCCGAACAGGUGUACCAGUACUUCAGCUGCCUGCCGGAGGACAGGGUGCCUUACGUCAACAGUUCAGGCGAGCGAUACCGAAUCAAACAGCUGCUGCACCAGCUUCCAGCCCACGACAGCGAGUCCCAGUACUGCAACACUCUGGACGAGGAGGAGAAGAAGGAGUUGCGUUUGUUCAGUCAGCAGAGGAAAAGAGAAAACUUGGGCAGAGGCGUCGUCAGACUCUUCCCUGUAACUAUGACAGGAGCCAUCUGCCAACAGUGCGAGAAGCAGAUCCGCGGCGGAGACAUCGCUGUGUUUGCCAGUCGGGCAGAACAGAGCAGCUGUUGGCACCCUCAGUGUUUCCAGUGUGCCACCUGCAGCGAGCUGCUGGUCGAUCUGAUCUACUUCUUCCAGGAGGGGCAGAUCUACUGCGGCCGGCACCACGCCGAGCGGCUCAAGCCGCGCUGCCAGGCCUGUGACGAGAUUAUUCUGGCGGAUGAAUGUACUGAGGCCGAAGGAAGACACUGGCACAUGAAGCACUUCUGCUGUUUUGAGUGCGAGGCGGCACUGGGCGGUCAGCGUUACAUCAUGAGAGAGAGUCGACCGUACUGCUGCUCCUGCUACGAGUCCCAGUACGCAGAGUACUGCGAUACCUGCGGAGAACACAUAGGUAUUGAUCAGGGCCAGAUGACGUACGAGGGUCAGCACUGGCACGCCGUGGAGUCUUGUUUCUGCUGCGCCCGCUGCCACCUGCCCCUGCUGGGGCGUCCCUUCCUCCCUCGAGGGGGGCUCAUCUUCUGCUCCAGGCCCUGCUCGCUGGGCGAGGACCCCAACAACUCCGACUCCUGUGACUCAGCGCUGCAGAGCAAACCGCCUCAGCACAGACGCUGUGAGUCGGCCAAGAAGCACCAGCAGCCGCAGUGUGGCUCUCCCCUGCAGCCACCAGAGGGCGCCGGCUCUCCUGUGACUCCUGCAAAAGACUGCGUUCGCGAUGCAGUGGAGAACAGAGGUGUCCACUGCACUGCUCCGGUUCAGAAUGGACUGCCUCCGCCCAGUGGUCAGCCUCAUCCGAGAGGCUCCUACUCACCUCUCCCACACAUCCAUCUAGGAAACGGCUUAGGUCCAUCUUGGCCCAGCGACCUGCCACAUUACAGUUUGCUGCCGGGGAACUCUGGCAUCAAGCGUUCUGUCGGAGACCUUCAGCUGAAGGCAGAGAUAAAUGGAAAUACCGGACUAACCGGCGUUAAUUCAAGGGGAACCUCAACGAAAGACUGUAGGAACUGGGUGGAGAAGACCAAUCAAGUAAUGCAAGGGUUUCCGCCACAAGAAAACCCGCCUCCUCUCCCGCCCAACAACCCGUCUGUUCUCCCACCUCCUCUGCCGCUCAAGUCUCGCGACCCGAUGCCCCCGGACUCCCCUCAGCCAGACCUCCCCCAACUAGCGGAGCGAUCGCCCGCUUCUCCGCCGCCGCUGUCUCGCAGUGGCACAGCUCGGGUCAGCUUCAGAGAACCGAUCAGCAGCAGCUACUCAGUCGAUGAGGACGAGGAGGAAGACGGGCCGGAGCUGCCCGAGGUGGAGGAGAACCAGCUGGAGGACGAUGAGCCGGAGGGAGGUUUCGGAAGCAAGUUGCAUCUCCAAAAGGGCAUCCCGCCGCAGAUGGAUCUUCUGGAUGGAUCCUCCUACCAACGGAGUCCGCGGAGAGGGUGGAGCCGUUGUCGCGUCCCCGCCGACCCUGCCCUCCACCCGGGAGCAGAGAGGCACCCCAGACGCUCGCGGUGCGACCGGCCUCGGCUGGAGACCCUCGACCGGAGAGGCGAGAGAGAGAGGGAGCCGCGGGGCGGCGCCGCCGUGGGCUCCUUGCUGACCCUGCAGCCGGGCCAGUGCAGACAUGAAGACUCUUGCUCCACUUGCUCUUCAUCCUCAGACUCAGAGGAAGAGGGUUUCUUCCUGGGACAGCCCAUACCUCUGCCCCCACAGCUACGAAAGCAGCAGCCCGAGGAGGGCAAAGACGGAGGGGGAGACGAGGAGAGGGAGGGGCAGAGAGACUGGGGACUGAGAGGCAGCAUAAGGCGGAGAAGAGCGCACAGCCUCGGUGCAAAGGACAAAGACAAAAACUGUGCUAUCUCCUAAGCCCCAACGUCAAAUAACAGCAUUGUUACUUUCUAAAUGAUGGUGCACGAGAAGAACUAAUGGCCCUUCAUUACUCAGACGUACUACUUAGCAACAGAAAGUGCAACAAGCCUCAAAAAGGUCACUGACUUUAACGUAACUGUAUUUACGGUUGUUUGUUUGCCUUUUUGAGAUGCUCCGUUGUAGAGAAUGAAUCCUGUGAGAAGUGAUGAACGUGUGUUGAUAAUUGUUUGGGUUGUAUUGUUACGUCCAAAUAAAGGACUCGGCGUUGCUUUGCAGUUUCUUUGAACACAAACUGCCGCAACGCUGAAGGGAAAUGUUACUUCCCAUCAUUUACAUAUGUAAAUGUACAGUAGAACACGUGGCCGCUAACCGCUGGCUCAUUCCUCCAUCGCGGUUUGCUAAAUAAAAUAAAAAAUACAUCUUAUUUUUUUAACACUACUGUAACCAUUCUAUGUGCACUUUUUAUAUAGCUGUAAUAUAUUACAGGCAUGAAUACUUAAUGGCCCGACCACGUGGGUGUAAGACAAACAGUGGUGGUUACAUUUAUUAUGUGGGUCCAAAAUAAAUGCUGCAAAGUUUAUAUACAUUCGUGUCUUUAAUCAAAAAAACUGUAAAAUCAUUUAUUUUUAUAUAUCUGGUGUAGGUCGCUGUUCUUUCUAGUUGUAUCUGGGGUAAAGGGAAGAGAUCAUAACUUCUUAGAUUUAUUUCAGACAAUUUUCUGUUGAUAAUAAAUUUGUCUAAAGUA